AUGUUUCUCGCGCUCCGUCGCUUCAUUCUGGCACGAUGGACGUUAUUCAUCCUCCACGUGUCCACGCUUUGGGGCUUCCUUCUCUUCCGCCAACAAGACCCAUGGGCAAACGAUGCCGCCAACCCCGUUAACAAAGACACGGCCGAUGCCCAAGCCGACCGUGACACUGCGAAUAACUUCCCACCCACCGAAGAGCAGCUCGAAGAAAGGAUCGAAAAAUUCAUCGACUCCCUCGACGAGGAUGCAAUCUGUCGCCUCGCCUCUCAACACAAUGGCCAAAAGCCCUGCAGCAUCGUUGGACAUGAUAGAGGCAGCUUUAAUGUCUGUUUCUUCAUCCACUUCGAUGAAGACGGCGUGAGAUGGGUCAUGAGAAUUCCUCUUGAGCCAAUUGUUCAAAAUGCGUGGGACAAGUUGCAGAGUGAAGUUGCUACGAUGCGCACAUCCAUCCCCAUCCCACGGGUCCAUGCAUAUGGCCAGGACGCAGGGUUGGUAAAAGGCUACUCUACGGAGCAGGCGUUUCUGAUUUGUGACCACAUCGCUGGCCAGCCGCUGAACAUGAGGAUGCUUUCCAAGGUGACAAAAGAGCAACGGAUGCGCUUCUACGGCGAUCUCAUCGACAUACUAGCGCAGCUUUACCAGCUAGAGUUUUCAGCGGCGGGCUCAUUGAUGCCGAAUGCCCACAAUGAAGCAGAUCCUACUGUGGGCGGUCUUCUUUCCAUGGCUGCUAACGAACUUGGAAGAUGUUGUCAAGACCAAGGGGCGGUCAAAACUUUUGCCUCUGCAAGACAGUACAUGGAUUACCAGUAUCGCGUCUUGUCCAAAACAUACAGUCUCCCCACUGAGGAGCUGUCCCGUAAGCAGGCUCAGAUGGAAUUAUUUGCGCUUGACAGCCUGGAGGGGCAGAUUCCCUUGCUGGUCAGCUCCCAGCGGUCCAACGACCCAUUUGUGCUGGCUCACAUGGACUUGAGAUGCAGGAACAUCAUGGAGUUUACAUGCACGAUCCCACGGCAACUAUUCACGCCGCCGCCGUGGAUUACUGGCCACGAUCUCGAUGCGGUGGUAGUGGUCCCGCACUACACCGCCUACCCCGAGUUCCUCCAAGUGCUAGAGGAGAAAAGCUUAACAUCAGAGACAUGUGCCAAGCUCAGAGAUGAUUGGAAGUAUCUGCCUGAUCUGGCGCUCCCCAUGGCCCAGAUAUUCCGCCACCCUUCCUGUCUUAUCCGCGUAUACUACAAAUUCAUCUUCCCCAAGCUCUACGACGGUGAAAAGGCUAGCGUUGUUCCCGAGUUCUUUGAGUGUCGAGACAUUGCAAAAACCCUUGCAGUCGAAGUCAGGCAUCGGGUUGAGGAGUCUAGUAGAUACACUCAAUAUCUAAAGGAUCAAGGACUCUUGGUUGUCGACCAACAAGCCCAAGCAAACCAAGAGUGGCUGGCCAAGGUAGAGCAGCUUAGAAACUCAAUAGCGUAG